CUGGCGGUCACCGCCCGCCACCGGAACCGAGGGCCACGAAGAAGAGUCCGUUUGAAGACAGCGGCGCAACUCCGACCACAUGAUCCAGUGAUCAUCUCAGUAUCUCUGUCAUUUGAAAUGGCCCAUCGUGGUCACAGAGAAACCUCUAGUCAACAAGGGAGCAGCGGCUGUCACCAUGCCCUCAGAUGUUCGUUGGAGGCUCCGGUUGCUUCCGGUGGAGCUGCAGGCGGUCUGGGGAGGCCCGAGCUCCACACCACUCUGUCUCUGAGAGCUGCACUUCACUCAUUAAAGGAGACGGACUUCAACUCCAAAAAAGCUGUUAAGGAGACCCUGUGCAAAUCCGAGAGGAUCAAAAGCCUGAUCAAUGCCAGGGCGACUGAAGUAGUGAAUGUGGCGCCCUCUAAGCUCAUCUUCACCUCAUUGGUCAGCGUGGGCGUGCAGGAGGAUCAUCUGACCAGCCGAGUGGCGCAGGACAGACUCCUGCUGACCCCCACGAUCCACGGCCCUGACCUUAAAACAGGAGAGGCCCCCUCCCCGUUUUUAUUCGGCAGCUCUCACGUGCUCCGACAGAAGCCGUUUCCACCGGAGGAGGAACCGGUCACCCGCAGGUCUCCCUCCAGCUGCCCGCUCCGCUCCAGCUUUGACCUGCACAGACGACAGGGAUGCUGGGAGACUACGUCCUGACCACCAUCUAAUGGCAUCAUUUCCAUAUGAGCAAAAAUGUAGUUUUCUUUUAAUGUGAAAAAACCAGAAGCGCUUAAAAGCAAAAGACCACUUUGGUUUUUUUUGGGGCAUUGUAAAACGUCGAUGUGUACGUUUUAAUGCGUUUUCUUUGUUCUGCCGUCUAAACACUAUUUAUGUCUUUUGAAAAAUAGCUCAAAAAAUUAAAUAAAGAAAUAUGGGCCUGUAUUAAGACCAAUGUAAUUAUUUAUUUAUUUUUAUUACAAAGAUUGCCAUGGGAAGCCAGAACUGAAGGAG